UGUGUGUCAAGGACACGUGUAACACUUAUAACUCAAAUAGCACUGACACUCGCUGCUCAGUACUCAAGAUAGUGUGUAUGGAGUUGCAGACAAGUAACAGCAAACAUGAGUGUAUGGACAGAUUGGCUAGACUUUAUCCCAGUCGUGGGUACAGUCAAGAACACGGUCGAAGCUGUAACAGCCGUCUGCCAUGGGGACUAUGACCUUGCGAAGGAAAAAGGAGCCAGUGCCGCUUUGGGUCUUGUGCUGGAUGUUCUCACAGGUGGUACCGAACAUGCCGCUGGGACUGCCGCCCUCAAAGUGGGUCAAAAACUCGCUCUUAAGGGCACUACAGAAAAAGUUGUGGUGAAUGUCAUGACUAAAGCCGGGGCCAGAGCCGGUACAAAAGCAGUUGCUGCUCGGAUUCUGAUCCACGAAUUGGGCAAAAAAUCUAGCAGACCCAAAGACCCAAAGACCAAUGAGGAUGAGAAGAAAAAGCCAUCUCAACGUGGUGAACAUGUCAUCAACAACAACGUCCUGAAGGUGUUUCGGACAAUCAUUGACCGAUUUGCUGAUAAGAUUGGAAGCACUGCAGCUCAACUGCUUAAAGAGGACACAACAGCUUAUAAAGCAUAUUAUUCACCUCUUCCUGAAGCCACAACCCAGUCUAUCGGGAACAUCAUGGUUGCACAUAUUCCGGAAGAGGACCAAUACAUUGAUGCCAACGCAACGGCCUAUGGUAUAGCCAUUGGGGAGAUAUCUGACAUGGUGGUCACUUACAUGUACGACUAUUAUGGCAACAACAGCUACAAUGCUCCUGUUGUCGAUAGGAGUAUCACCGAGCUGGUUCGUUUACUGAACGAAAGUCACUUGUAUGUGGAUGAGUACGCCAAACAGUACUGGUUACAUCAUGGCGGGAGUGAGGCCUUGUUUGAGGAGAGCAGACGACAAGUGGUGCAGAUGUUCAGACGUCUGUGUGCACCGACAAGUGGGGAGAACGAGGCAAAGCAGUGGGUGCGUGAUCUUACUGGCCACACUUAAAUUUACACCGCCAUUGGCUGCCAAGACAAGCUAUAGUAGCCCCUCACCUAUACUGACAUUGGCUGCCAAGACAAGCUAUAGUAACCUUUACCUAUACUGACAUUGGCUGCCAAGACAAGCUACUGUAACCCUUACCUAUACUGAUAUUGGUUCCCAAGACAAGCUACUGUAAGACUCACCUAUACUGACAUUGGUUGCCAAGACAAGCUACUGUACGAUUCACCUAUACUGACAUUGGUUGGCAAGACAAGCUACUGUAACCCUCACCUUUAUUGACAUUGGAUGCCAAGACAAGCUAUAGUAACCCUCACCUAUACUGAUAUUGGUUGCCAAGACAGGCUACUGUAACCCUCACCUAUACUGUCAUUGGUUGCCAAGACAAGCUAUAGUAACCUUCACCUAUACUGACAUUGGAUGCCAAGACAAGCUACUGUAA